UCUCUAUACUUGCAUUGCAGCAAAAAUUAGUGACAUUUUGUGGGUAGUAGAAGCAAAUUGGAAAAUUAAUAGCACCUAAAUAAAAGUGUAAAAGGAUUAUUUUAGUAAUUUGUGUGCGGGUGCAAGACGGAAUCAUAACGCGGCUGAGGAAAAAAAAUCGUAAAAAAUGGCGUUGAAAGUGCUGGUUGGGCAAAAGAUUAUGAACGAGGUGGUGAAGUAUAAGCCACCACCACCGAAGAAAGCAGGCGCGGUAUCGGCUGCUGCCAAGGCACCGGGUGGCAUGGAAUGGCGUGUACUGGUCGUCGAUAAGUUGGGUAUGCGUAUGGUGUCCGCCUGCACUAAGAUGCAUGAAAUUAGCGCUGAGGGCAUAACCUUGGUGGAGGAUAUCAAUAAGAAACGCGAACCGCUUCCCACAAUGGACGCCAUUUACUUAAUAACACCAUCGGAUGAAUCAGUGCGUGCUUUGAUACGCGAUUUCGAGAAUCCGGCUAGGCCGAUGUAUCGUUAUGCGCACGUUUUCUUCACCGAGGCAAUACCUGAAGACAUAUUCCAUAUGUUGCAAAUGCGCAGCGACAUUACACGCAAAUACAUACAGACAUGCAAAGAAAUCAAUAUUGCAUUUUUAGCCUAUGAGGACAAGGUCUACUCGCUCGAUUCGCCAGACACCUUUCAGUGUCUGUAUUCGCCAGCGUUUGCUUCGAUACGCGCCAAGCACAUCGAUCGCAUCGCCGAGCAAAUCGCGACUUUGUGUGCCACACUCGGCGAGUAUCCGAUGGUGCGAUAUCGCACUGACUGGGAUCGCAACAUAGAUUUGGCUGCUGCGGUGCAGCAGAAGUUGGACGCCUAUAAGGCGGAUGAGCCCACAAUGGGCGAGGGCCCGGAGAAGUCACGUUCGCAGCUAUUGAUUUUGGAUCGUGGAUUUGAUUGUGUAUCGCCAUUGUUGCACGAAUUGACACUACAGGCGAUGGCAUACGAUCUCUUGCCGAUCGUUAACGAUGUGUACAGGUAUACGCCCGGACCGAAUCAACCGGAAAAGGAGGUGUUGCUCGAUGAGAACGAUGAUUUGUGGGUGGAGUUGCGGCAUGAGCAUAUCGCUGUGGUGUCCACGCAAGUGACACAAAAUCUAAAGAAAUUCACCGAGUCGAAGCGCAUGACAUCGACCGAUAAAUCUUCUAUGCGUGAUUUAUCGCAAAUGAUCAAGAAAAUGCCGCAGUACCAGAAGGAAUUGUCUAAGUAUUCGACGCAUUUACACUUGGCCGAGGACUGCAUGAAAACUUAUCAGAGCUACGCCGAUAAGUUAUGCCGUGUUGAACAGGACCUGGCCAUGGGUACCGAUGCUGAGGGCGAAAAGAUUAAGGAUCACAUGCGUAAUAUUGUACCAAUUCUGCUUAAUGCAGAUGUUUCCAACUUCGACAAAGUGCGUAUUAUUGCACUCUACGUUAUGAUUAAGAACGGUAUUUCUGAGGAAAAUUUGACCAAACUCUUCACACAUGCCUCCCUCUCGCCCAAAGAUCAGGAUAUGGUGCGCAAUUUGAGCUUCUUGGGUGUAAAUGUGAUUGCCGAUUCACGCAAGAAAGUCUAUAAUGUCCCACGCAAAGAACGCAUCACCGAACACACCUAUCAAAUGUCACGUUGGACCCCUGUAGUUAAGGACAUUAUGGAAGAUUGUAUUGAGGACAAACUUGAUCAGCGUCAUUUCACUUUCCUAGCUGGGCGUGCACAGAAUACCAAUUACCAUGCACCGACAAGCGCCCGCUACGGUCACUGGCACAAGGACAAGGCCCAAGCGCAAGUGAAGAAUGUGCCACGCCUCAUAGUUUUUAUUGUGGGUGGCGUUAGCAUGUCGGAGAUGCGUUGCGCCUAUGAAGUCACCAAUACGGUGAAGAAUUGGGAAGUGCUAGUCGGCUCGUCGCAUAUACUAACACCCGAAGGCUUUCUCAGCGAUUUGGGCAGUCUCUCCAAAGAGGACUAAGAAGCUAAAGCUCUAAUGGCCGAUAAUGUAAAAUUUAUUAUUAAUUUAAAUGGUUGAUAAUUUUGAGAGUGUCGGCGGAAUUGUUUGUGUUUUUUGAAGUUUUGAGGAUAAUGCAAUUUAAUUAUUGUAUUAUCUACGUAUAUUAUUCGCGAAACAAUUAGGAUGUUUCCUAGGUUAGCUGUGCGCUAAAGUGUUUAUAUGUAUGUGUUUAUAUAAAUUAUUAAAAAAAGAAAACUCUGUGAGAAAACGUUUAAAGAAAUACGCAAUUAUUCUUGUAGACUUUUUUGCCUGGUAUUCACUUACAAACUUUAUUGAAUCAAAUACACACACACACACACACACGUGUAAUUCGCACUUGUAUUUGUUGUGUGCUUAUAUAUAGAAUAUAAUCCUGUAUGUAUUUACGCAAAUAAUGUCAAAUAAAUUCCAAAGUAUUCUUGUUGGUUAUGUGCAAGUAAGCGAGCCGCCGCCUGUCGGUGGUUACGCAUUUAUUGAAAAAUGUUUCAAGUAUUUUUGUCGCAUAUUUAAAAUAGAAAAACAAUUUAAUUAAUUAAUUAUAAUUGCAAUUUAACUUAUAUAUAAUUGUACUUGACUUUAUUAACUAUUAUUACCUAAUAAUAUUUGAACAAUUUAUGCGUUUUGUGAAAAAUAUUUAAAACGCAAAGAACUAAACACUAUACUUACUUUUCUCUAUUAAUAAAACAAAAUAUAUAAAGUGCUAGAAAAUUACGAAAAAUAACAAAACACCGAUUUUUAAUUCACAAAUUAAAAAAAAAAAAUACAAAUUAAUCUAAUGAUUAGGAGUAUUCGCAGAUUGAAGGUCGCAUAGGCGAAAAGAAAGAAAGAAAAUUAUUAAAUAAAAUAUUUAAUGCAUAGUUAAUAUAAAAAUCGAAUGCAUAUUCGUUAAAAUAAUGUUUAAAUAAUAAUUGCAAAUUUCCUUCUAAUAACUCAUACGAAGUAACGAAAAACAGUUAGUUUAAGAGUUUAAAAAUAGUGCUAAACACGGAAAAGAAAAAAAACUUGUUUAUUUGCAACCAUAUCCAUAGGAAGAGUGCAUGAAUAUAACAACAAAUUAGUUAAUUAUUACCACGUAUAGUGUGUACUUAGUACAACUGAACUGAAGUGCGCGGGGUGUGUUCAAUGCUUUAAUGGAAUUUGCAAAAUUCGGAACAAAAGGAAUGCGCAGUCCAACUACUACGAUAAUGAAUAUUAUAUAUAUGAAACACCAUUUCAAUUAAUCUAACGCCUAGCUUUCAAAAAACUUUCAUAUUUUCUCAACUAUUUGAAAAUUAUGUAUGAAAAAAAUGCUACUUAUGUCAAAAAAUGAAAGAACUUUUGAACUGAAAACUAAUAGCGAUAACAUAGUGUCAGCAAAAUUUCAAAAUUCAUUGAAAUUCAAAUUGAGUCAAGCGUCUAUAAGAAGCUGCUUUAUUUUUUCAUGGACAGCUUCCUAUUUAGCCACCAUUUAAACUGGUUAAUAAUAAUUUUAUGUACAAAAAACUUAUUCAGUUUGCUUUUACAGUGCCUGCAUCGAUAGACUAUAACUCUAUAUUUUUUUCUUUUUAUUUAUUAUCUUUUUCUUUUUUCAAGAACAAAACCUUACUCACCUUUUAUAGAGGUUAGCACAACUUUUAAGUAAAAAAAUAAAAAAUUGUUUUAUAUACAUACAUAUCUAUCGAUGCAACUAUAUUGUUUUUUUUUUUUCAUUUAAUUAUUAUUAGUACAUUUUUUUUUUUAUAACAGAACCUUUUCCACCUUCCCAUGCUACUAUAUUUUUUUUAUUUAUUUUUUUUUAUUAUUUUUUCUUUUUCCAAGAACAGAACCUUACUCUUUUUUCAUAGUGGUAAACCACUAUUUUUAAGUAAAAAAUUUGCUUUGAUAUAGCUAUCGAUGCAACGAUAUUGUUCUUUUAUUAAAUUAUUAUUUUUUAUUUUGUGACAACCUUUUUUACCUUUCAUAGAGGUUUUAACAUUUUUAAGUACGAAAACAUAUUAAAUUCGUUUUUAUAGCGUCUAUCAAUGCAACUAUACCUUUUUUUUAUCUUUUUUGACAAGAACAGAACUUUACUCAUCUUGUGUAGUGAUUAGCACUAUUUUUGAGUAAAGAAAAGCUAUCCACUUGACUCUCAUAGUCUCCACAAAUACAACUGCAACCGUUGUUGUCUAAGGAAAACCCCUACUUAUUCACCUCUCAUAAAGGUUAUAAUAUUUUUAAGUUUUAAGUAAGUAUUCAAUUUACUUUUAUAAUGUCUGCAGAUGCAAAUAUAGACAUUGUUUUUUUAUGAUAGUUAGAAAACUUAAUGCACUAAUUAAAGGAAACGUCAUUUAUUCAAAAUGGAGGACCACACCAGUAUGCCGAAAUACUUUGUUGUUGCAUAGAAUACUGUAGUCAAUUCAAUUCAAUUUAUUUGAGAAAGUAGAGAGCGAGAAAUAUUGAGUGAAAAAAGCCGCUCACAAACUGUAGUAGUGUUGAAAGGUAUUCAAAGCGGUUUUUGUUGCAGCAGCAAAAACAUUCCCCAUAUACGUAGAGGAAGUGCUGCUGGAGUGACAGUCCUUGGCCGGUUUGUUCCGCUAACGUACAGCCGACUAUUCAAAAUAGUAUUUGAUAUUUGUUUAAGUAAUAUAGAGCGCCCCCAAUACACCUAUAAUCGCUACGCCUCCACGGUAAUUCGCUUCAACUCAUUCUUAAGUUUUAGUAAAGGGUAAAUAAUUUUGAGGUAUCGGAUUUUAGAUUGAAAUAACACAACCAAAAAUUCCAAGCUUUUUAUUCUUGUGUAAAAUAAUUCAUGACAUUUUUUAAAGAUAAUCCCUUUCAAAUGUUGACCGCACUGCGCCGUAAUUCGGCCAACCGUAAACACCAAUUUUGAAUAACUCGCUGAAGGACAUCGGUCGGUAUCUCGUGAAUAACUUUAGUAAUGUUGGCUUCCAAUACCUCAAUUGAAACUGGUUUAACCACAAAGCUCAAAGCACAUUUAGACUUUACAUACCUCCAAAAAUAAAAGUCCAAAGCUGUGAUAUCACACGAUCUUGCUGGCCAAUAUAGUGGUCCGAGGCGAGAUUUUUUCUAUUCUUUUCAAUAGAUGUGCUGUUCUUGAAUUGCUUCGAGUUGCUCUCUUCAACCAAAAUACGAAAAAUUUGCUUCUUGACGUAACCAUUGAGCCAAAAAUGGGCCGCAACGUUGAACGGUUAUGUACACCAUAAGUUGGCCUGAGCGCGCGAUGAACACUUUUCACGGAGAGUCUAUUUACAGAGUUACGACUUAAUACAAUUGCACGAUUUAUAAACGUUGCUGAGAUGUAAGUCAUUCUAUAAUGAAAUGUCAAUGAAUACUGAAAAAAUUAUGUAUUUAGUUUGACAGUAGCCACGCGUGACCUUUCAAAAAACCCCGAUUGGGAAAAAGUACCUCCAAUCUGCUCGCGAUUUGUAGCCGCCCGUUUUUGAUUUGCCUUGAUUGUAGUUUUAUUUUCAUUCAGCUCAUGAGUUUUCUUUCUCAUUAUUUCAACUUGUGAGAUUAAAAAGUACUACGGCAUUUGUAGGCUCGCCUGCAUUUUCUUGUGCCCGUGAUUGAAAAUCGAAUGCGAACAAAUCUCGCUCAUUUCCCUAUUUUCUUUGCUAUUGCAGCCGCCGUAGUCGAAUAGGUUUAUGCUCUCGGGUUCGAAAUCCAGUGAGAGAAAUUGUUUUUUCUACUAGCGUUCGCCCGUCGGCAGGCGCUGGAAAACUUCAGAGUAUAUUUCUGCCAUGAAAAAGCUCCUCAUAAAGAACUAUUCGACCUCCCAACUAUGGAGAAACAUCCAUUUUGUGAAAAAACAUCACGAAGUACACCACAAAUUGGAGGGGGCGCUCGGCGAAAUAUCCAACAAGGAGUAUUGUUUCAGAAAAAUUCAGUUUUUAAACGGAGAUAAUUUUUUCAACCUUUAAAUAAAUAUGAUAAUUGAAAAGUUGCGAGAGCAAGUGAGUGAGUGAUGAGCGAAAAUAAAUGAGUGCAGUUUUUUGUUUUGGCCCAACAACGAAUUUUACGAUACGCUUUUCAAAAACUGAAAAUGCAAAAGAGUUGCAGAAACUAAAAUAGUGCGUCCAAAAUAUUUAGUUUCUGUGCUAAAUCAUGUUAAUCAGGUUUAAGUAUUUUUUGACUGCUUGCAAAAAACAGUUUUGUCACUUGAAGCUUUGCUGGCAUAUGUUUGUAAGCUCCUUCGUACUUCCACAGAAAAUCGAACGAACGUAACUUUAAACAUUUACUAUUACGUAUAUGAACUUACAAUACAAUACAAAUACAAUACAAUACAAACAUAAGAAUACAUAUAUUUAUGCGCUGUAAACAUACAUACAAUCUAUAACGACUAUUCAUCGCACCACAUAUACCUGUGUGAUACUUCCAAGCUCAACAUACUUGUACACCUCUACAUACUUACUUUAAAAAUAAUUUAUAAUAAAACUGAAAAAAAGAACAAAAACGAGAUAGCAAAAAGGGGCGUAAGUAGUUAAGCUUUUUUUUGAAUAGUUAAAUUUAUCAAAAUGCAAUAAAAAAAAUGCAGUUACAAUGAUGGCUAAGGCAAAAAUGUACGAAUGUUUGAGAUGCAAUACAGUAUUUUACAAUUUACAUAUAAAUAACGAGAAAUGGAAUAACGAACGUUCAACUUAAAAUAACGAGAAACAAUUUCAAUUCUUUAUAUAAAUAUAUAUAUAUAUAGUUAAAUUCAAGAAAUUUAGAUAAUAAGUAUGAGAAUUAUAAAAUAUACAUACAUAAAUCCAUAACAAAAUAAAAUUAAAAACUUAAAACAAAUGGCAUACACGCACAUCCACAAUACUCCACUCGGUCUGCCCCAAUAGUAUCAACGUAGGCACACACACACUUCUAAUAGCUGUUUACAUGGGUGCUCUCACAAAACCAACCAACCAACAACCAACCAGCCAAGGCGAACGACAACAGCCGACAAACGACACCGACAAUUUGUCUUAUUUGCAAUAAAACAACAAUUGCGAAGUAAACAACGAGGAUCACUAGACAAAUUGCAGUGUUGCUCCCAUGACGAUAGUCUAUGGCGUGUGCGUGUGGAGCGUUGGUGUGAGGUGGACGAAAAGUGGCGUAUGUGUAGCGUGUAUGCUGUGAUUUUUCAUGUAUUUUAGGUGUAAGAAAGAAAAAGAAGAAAAUUAAUUGUUUAUUGCUUGUUAUAAAAAGAAAAAAAUCUAUAUAUUUAAAAAAUACAAAAUAUAGUAAAUAGCGGUAUUAGAAUCAAAAUAAACGAACAAUUGUGAGGAUCACGAAAACACAUGCGUGUUGUGUACGUAGUAUAUUUACAUACAUAUACAUAUUUACUGUAGAAUUUAAUAAAUGCAAUUCACAUACAUACAUACAUAAAAUAUAUAAUUCAAAAUUAGUUAUUAAAUUAAUAAAUAAUAAACAAGAAAUCCAUUUACACGCUUGUAUGUAUGUAAGCACAGGCAACAACAAAACACACAAUGAAAAAAAGAAGUGUACAACAUACAAAAUGAAGGCAAACAUUUAUAAACAACAUAUAAUUAUACUUAUACACAUACAUUUAAUUAAUUAUGGCAACAAAUAUCAAUAUUCGCUAACGAACGUAUGACAAUUUGCAAUAAAAGUUAAUGUUAAAAUAGCAUACGUAUGUAUCAAUUGGCAGCACGCGAAAAGCACUGCAGGGGAAAUGUGACAGUCGCCGAAGAGUCCGGAAAUGCGCACUAUACUGAAUAUUUGAAGUACAUACAUACGCGCGCUCGCUUGGCAUUCGUAUAGUGCAGACAUACAUAUUUUAACGAAAUAAUCAUUAUAAGAACAAAAACAAUCGCUUAAACAUUGAGGGAAAGUAUGCAUAGGUAUAUUUCAAAUAGCAGAUUGCAUACAAUGGCAAAUAAUGCAACAAUAAGAGAACAACCCAAAAUCGCAACAAUAACAACAACUAAAAUAAAACAAAAACAAAAAGAGACAAACAACAAGAACGAUUAACAUACUCGUACAUAAUUCUGUCAAUUUUUUUCUUAUUAACGCGGCAAGCAGCGUUAGUUUUUAUAGCGUAAGCAAAUUUUAUAUGUGCAUUCAAAAAUAUAAAUCAAAUUAAAAAAAAUUAGAUGUAGUGCGCGCAUGAAAAUCGGCGAAAUGCGCACACACAAACAUAUACAUAUAUAAAUUAAAAACAAAAACAAAAUACAUGAGUGUAAUUGGUAGGUGAAAAUUACGUAUAACAAAAUGAAAAACUGAUAAAAAAGUAGCUGGAAUGCUGGAGGUACUAACAAACAUGAUUUUGCAAAUUUCAUUAAAGCAAAGAGGGGAAGCGCACACAGGCAGGUUUACUGAGAGCAAAUAUUUGUAUGUAGCAAAAAUGUAUAAGAACUUAUAACUCCAAACGUUAUUCAAAUAUUUAUAUUUAAUAUACAUAUAAACAUAUACAUAUAUAGAAAACUUUAACACUUGAACUUCUACAGUAAUGUUAAGUAAAAUAUAAAACGGAUAAAGAGUUUUCGCUUAAAAUCGAUUAACCUAAUUUCAGUGAAUAUGGUCAUGGCGAGGUAGUUUUUCUUAAAAAAAUAUAUAUAUAAAAAAGUAAUCGGCCCAAAUAUGGUAAGUGCUUUGAAGCAAUCGUGUGGAAGAAAAAUUUUGCGAAAUAUUUAAGAAAAAUUACGCUAAUUACACCUAUAACAAAAAUGAUAUAUGCAAAACUAUACAUACAAAUAAAUAAAUGUAGAAAAGUACAUUCAAAAGACGUAGUAUUUAACUUAGUAAAAAAAAUAGUACAUAUGUACCCGUAUUAUUAAUUAAUAAAAAAUGGUUAAAUAUAUAGUGAUACACACACAGUUAAACUCACAUUUACAUAAAUGUCAACCCGGUCAACGUGAUGGCAUGUAAAUGAAUGCAAAAUAAUGAGCGUUAUGGAAUGUAUUUAUAUUUAUUCCAACAAAAAUGUUUUAAUUAAACGUUAAUUGGUAAAAGAAAGAAAGCUGCUAACUUUGCAUAUAAGUCAAUACAUCAAUUCAUUCAAAAGAGUAUGGUCUACAAACGCAUUAUUGAAUUCAUUUAUUGAUUGCUAAUACAAAACUAUUAAUCACUUGAAAACACAAUAUAUGUAUGUAAAAAUAUAUACUACAACAUUUACUAACAAACUUAUUACAACAUAUUUAAAUAAAUAUUUGUUGAAAAUUGUAUAUGUAUGAGUUUACAACACUCUUGUUACUUCUGCUGUCGAACAACUUAUAAUUAAAAACUUAUUGUUAUGCGACAUAAUUUAAAUUAUUUUCAAAUAAUACGUAUGUAUAUUCUAAAAAAAAUAAAGAAUAAUUGUUUAAGCCGUUUUUGCAAUAAGAUAAGCACACCGAAGCAAUUAAUGGUCUAACUACAAAAAAUAAAAAUAAAAAAAAUUAAUGAAAAACAAAAAACAAUAUUACAAACGUAAACAUGCAUAUUACUCAAGUGUCAUAAGUAAAUUAUGUAUGCAUGUAAGUUAUGUAGUACGGUGCAAUGUAAACCCGGAUAGUGGAAAAAAACCAAUGAGAUCCAUGCACUGUGAAUGGUAGAUACAGAUAAAUAAAAAAAUAAAAAACUUAGAAAACCAACAAA